AAUGUUGUAAUUCCGCUUCCUGCGCGUAGUAUCGUUGAAAACUGCAGUAGGUUGUCGCUAUUGUGGCUGAGUAAUUUGUUUCCGUGUUAUUUAAGGUUUUUCUUCAUUCUGUUAAGGUGUUAAGUUGACAUUAUGUCGAAGAGGAGAUUGGAAGUGCUUGACCCAUAUGUCAAGAAAAAGCCAUACGAUCCUGAGAAGACCAAAGAAUCUGAUAAAGAUCGGGAGAAAUUGACUGGUGGCACACCAGUAGCAAGUUACCCAAAACCAAAUGUCCAGGUUAAUCCAUUCACUGGAUUACCAUACACUCCCAGGUAUCACGAGUUUCUAAGAAAACGUGUAACUCUUCCUGUAUGGGAGUACAGAGGACAGUUCAUGAAGCUGCUGAGUGAGAAUCAGUGCAUUGUACUUGUUGGUGAAACAGGUUCUGGAAAAACUACGCAAAUUCCUCAGUGGUGUGUUGAGUAUGCUUUGACGAAAGGUAAAAGAGGUGUAGCUUGCACACAACCACGACGAGUAGCUGCCAUGUCUGUGGCUCAGCGAGUAUCUGAAGAAAUGGACGUUUGUCUGGGACAGGAAGUGGGUUAUAGCAUACGAUUCGAGGACUGUUCCUCUGCAAAAACUUUACUGAAGUACAUGACAGACGGUAUGUUGUUACGUGAAGGAAUGUCAGAUCCUAUGCUUGAGAGCUAUGAAGUAAUUCUCCUUGACGAGGCACAUGAAAGGACACUGGCAACAGAUAUCCUAAUGGGUGUCCUGAAGGAGGUUAUAAAACAGCGAUCUGACCUGAAGCUGGUCAUUAUGUCUGCUACUCUUGAUGCAGGCAAAUUUCAACAAUAUUUUGACAAUGCUCCAUUGAUGAACGUUCCUGGAAGAACUCAUCCAGUAGAGAUCUUUUACACCCCUGAACCUGAGAGAGACUACUUGGAAGCUGCAAUAAGGACUGUGAUACAAAUCCACAUGUGUGAAGAAAUUGCAGGAGAUGUUCUUCUAUUUCUCACAGGACAAGAGGAAAUUGAAGAGGCUUGCAAGAGAAUUAAGCGAGAAAUUGACAAUCUGGGGCCUGAAGUUGGUGAGUUGAAGUGUAUUCCGUUGUACUCUACACUUCCACCAAACCUGCAGCAACGGAUCUUUGAGCCAGCACCACCAAAUAAACCAAAUGGAGCUAUUGGCAGAAAAGUUGUUGUUUCAACAAAUAUCGCUGAAACUUCUCUCACAAUAGAUGGUGUUGUGUUUGUGAUAGACCCUGGCUUUGCAAAACAAAAAGUAUACAACCCAAGAAUACGUGUGGAGUCUUUACUGGUAUCACCCAUCAGUAAAGCUUCAGCUCAGCAGCGAGCAGGUAGAGCUGGUCGAACAAGGCCAGGAAAAUGCUUCAGACUUUAUACAGAAAAGGCAUUUAAGCAAGAAAUGCAGGAUAACACAUAUCCUGAAAUUCUGCGGUCAAAUUUGGGAUCUGUUGUUUUGCAGCUUAAGAAAUUGGGAAUUGAUGACCUGGUACAUUUUGAUUUCAUGGAUCCACCAGCUCCAGAAACCUUGAUGCGUGCGUUGGAGCUGUUAAAUUAUCUGGCUGCGUUGGAUGACGACGGCAACUUGACAGAUUUGGGUGCGGUCAUGGCAGAAUUUCCUCUGGAUCCUCAGCUGGCGAAGAUGUUGAUAGCGAGCUGUCAGCACAACUGCUCCAAUGAGAUUCUCUCCAUAACAGCUAUGCUGUCAGUCCCGCAGUGCUUUGUGCGGCCCAACGAGGCCAAGAAGGCUGCUGACGAUGCCAAGAUGCGCUUCGCCCACAUCGACGGGGACCACCUCACGCUGCUGAACGUCUACCACGCCUUCAAGCAGAAUUCAGAGGACCCUCAGUGGUGUUACGAUAACUUCGUCAACUACAGGUCUCUCAAGUCAGGAGAUAAUGUGCGACAACAGCUGUCCCGCAUAAUGGACAGGUUCAACCUGAAAAGGACGUCAACGGACUUUACGUCUAAAGAUUACUACAUAAAUAUUCGGAAAGCACUCGUUGCUGGUUUUUUUAUGCAGGUUGCCCAUUUAGAGCGAACAGGUCAUUACUUAACUAUAAAAGAUAACCAAGUUGUGCAGCUACAUCCGUCAACCUGUCUCGACCACAAACCAGAGUGGGUCAUCUACAAUGAAUUCGUUUUAACAACGAAAAACUAUAUUAGGACGGUGACAGACAUCAAACCUGAGUGGGUUUUGAAGAUUGCACCUCAGUACUAUGAUCUCAACAACUUUCCACAGUGUGAAGCGAAAAGGCAACUUGAAAUCCUCCAGGCGAAGAUGGAAACUCGCCAGUAUCAAGAAGGCUUUUGAUGUAUUGCUGCUGCUUAAAACAGGAUGUUGUGAUUUUCUUACAAGUGCUGGUCUGUACCAGGUGUUUGUAGUUAUCUUGUUGCGGCAUAUGAAAAUGUGAACUGCUAUGGUGCAACUUUUUGGACAUUGCCACCACCACCGCCACGACUAUCAUUUACCAUAAACACAUUAUGUAUUUAUUCACAAAACUCACACAUUGUUGGAACUAUUGUAUCCAUAUGUACAUUGUUUUAAUUAAUUGACAUGUGGUCUCACUAAGUGAUAGGACAUAUUUCAUCUAAUUCAUUCAUCGUCAUGAGUUCGUAGUAUCAGUUUCUUUGUACAGUGCACUUAAGUUUCUUUUCAAAAUGUCAAAAAGAGGGCAUUUUGGACUGAUUUUGUAAAGUGUGGAUUCAAAUAUUGUGAAUGAACAUGUUGUUUCAAUUAUGCGCAUCCUCAUGUUGGACUGCAGAAGUGAUUACAGGACAAUCUGAAAUAUGAAUUUUUCUGUGUGGUCUCUGCAGUGUGUUUGGAAAUAGCUGUCAUUUGUGACUAUGAAUAUAGGAGUGUAGCUGUCAUUUCUACUGAUACUGUGAGCAAUAUUUUGUUUAUUAAAAUGUGUUAGAAAAGAA